AUGAAAAACUUGAUUCUUACUCCUCUGGGUUCCGGAAACUCUCAAUACGUUGUGAGAGUAAAAUCAACUUGUGAUAGUACUGGCGAAACUUAUGAAAAUGAUAAAGCUCAUGAUUUCGUACUGAAGAUAUCAAAACGCGGGACUAUAGAUAAUCACAAGUCUAGACUGCUGUUUCACAACCAUUUUGUCGAGUUUAUGAACAGUUUUGAUGCAAAUACUUACACCACUGUAGAUCUAAAUAAACGGAAAGAUUUUCAAAAGAACUUGAAUAGGCAAAACAAAGUUCUGUGCAUAUUAGAUAAAAAUAUAACUGCAAAAAUUAGACAAACCUUUAUGAAACUACUAAAAUCUUCACAUGGUUGUGACCAAGUAUGUAGCGAAAAGCCCGAAAAUAAGAAGAUACUGAUCUUCUAUGAUAGGAACAUAGAAAAGAACUAUUCUAUAACUAUACCCAGCGAAUCGAUAAAAAAAUUAAAUAAUAACUUUGGCUUUAACUCCCACGAUCACACUAAUUGCUUUUAUGAUGACAAAUAUGAACUUUGCUCAAUUGAACAGAAUCUAUUCAAUAUAAGUGACUUCAUUUCACUAAACAAUAAAUUAUUAUCGAACCACCUAGUAUCUAAAAGUGUGAACCGAUUACACACAACAAACAAUGCCAAUCACAUUAUCAACGAAUUAAAUAAUUACAAGGAGAUUUCAGCUGGGGAAGAAAGGCCUGAGAAAAUACCUUUCAAUAAUAUCACCUUGGAACUUAAGUUAAAAUGUGGUUUACUGAAUUUUAGAGGUAUUCCAAGCCUAUUUAAGAUGAAACAAGCUAAAAAGAGGAAUAUGAAAUACAUAUUUUCAAACGGUUCAGUAGUUUAUACAAGUAAAAGAGAGUCCUUUUUUGAGCCAUGCAACUUCUUCAACUUAGAAUACGAACAGAUUCGAACUGAACUAUCAAAACUGAUCGAUUCACAUCAAAACAACAUGAGGAUCUUCAUAGAUAAACUGGAAGUUGUUCCAACCUUUUUAAAAAAUCGAACCGAUUUGUUCGACUUGAUAUCAGAAUCUGUAAUGAGACAUAAGGAUAUUUUCGAAGUCAUAUUAAAGCUACAGUCUCUGGCAGCAGGUCAACAAUUUAUCGGAUCACUGUUGUAUUGCUUACUACAUUUUUCCAUAAUAUUUAACAAUCACAUUAGUUUCAUCACCAAUCCUAGCUUAAAUAAACAUUCUAAAACCCUAGAACAAAAGGGUGAUAAUAACCCUAAUUUGAUAUGGGAUGAUAAAUACUUUAUCACGCCAAAUAAUAUCUCUGGUAUAACAAAUAUACUAAAAAGAAGCCUUUUGUACAAUAAAUUCACCAAAUGCAGAUCUUACGAUAUUCAAUUUUUAUUCCACAAAUAUGGUCUUAAAAUGGUAUUUGGAUUUUAUAGAAACAUAUUGAGCCUAAUGAAUUAUGUGAAAAUGAGCUCAACGUGCAUGUUUUAUAGCAAUGAGCAGAACUUAUCCAUCUCUCGGCCACACUUACUUAAGAAUUCCCACUUUAGGUCUCGAUUCCGUUAUAACUCUAACGAGUACCCACUCUAUUCAUUGCUACAUGAAUUAGCAUAUCACUUUAUUACAUUUAAUAAGGAAGGCAAAGAAGAUGAAAAAGGUGUUGAUUUUGUAGUAUUGGAGGAUAGGACAAUUAAACUCAUAAUUAGGACGUUUUAUACAAGUAAGCUGGUACAUAGGAAUGUCGCACCUAAUUAUGGGGGAAACCCAGGAAUGAAACGUGUUUUCAAAAUGAAAAGCCUGGGAAAGGAGUUUGAAUACCAACUAACAAGACUAAGAAGGGAACAAAAGUACUUGAGAGACUGGAUAUACCUGUAUCUAUGCGGAAGAGUUUCUAUGGAUUUGUCAGCCAUUAUUAACAUAAUAUACACUAAAAAUACCAGUUGUAACGGUCAUUGUACUGAAAAUGGAAUUUAUCGUUCUAUUAAAGAAUACAAAAUUCUAGUUGAUGGGCUGUCGUUUAUAGAUAUCGAUUUGAAACCCAUAACAAACAUUUUCAAGUAA